GUCCGAGUCCCGCUGCCGACGUCCGAAUCACCGUACCACACACCGACGAUCGAAGCGCGUAGCGCGUCUUAGUUUGGUUCGGAUCGCGCCACAACAUCGCAACUAUGGCUGUCGGCCUCAUUAACGGCCGCCUCGCUGCCGACGAGGAAGCCCGGGCAGAAGUUGACGUCCUUAACUCGCGCCUCGAAAAGACAUCCCAACUCACCAAGAAGAUUCAGGCCUGCCUGGCAAGGCUGGAUGCCACCGGCAAGAGUGUUCGGGAUGUUGCCGGGCCUCUCAGUGGCGAGACUAAGAAGCUUCAGGUUCUAGGCAACAGCAAGUCACCCGGCCCUUCAUCCCCGUAUCUUGUUCAUCACAUCGACGCCGUGAUCGCCGCCAUCGAAAAACUACGAUCCCCCGCCGACAGUAAGAAUGACGAAGAACAAAUCAUCCGCAUGGGCCCUGAAAAGGCCGGCCUCCCCAACUACCUGGCAUCUAUCAAGCGCCUGAACAAGGCAUUGAAUGACAUGAAGGCUUCCAAUCUUCGAUCAACGCAGCAAACCGUCGCCGACCUUCAGCGUCUAGUCAAGACUGGAAAUUCCCAACUUGAGAGUUCAUUCGACAAACUACUACGGAGCGAAACACCCCGAGCCAUCGAGCCUCUACACUAUCUCACCAAGAACAUGCCCUUCCCGGUGCUCUCCCAAGAAAAGAUCACCAGGCUAGGUCUCGUGAACUCAUACCUUACCGGGGUGCACCAACAGAACACUGGGGCAGGAAGCUCGCAAGAGUCGCCCGUCAUCAAGAUCUAUGCCGAAGUCCGGGCUCAGUACCUGCUAUCAACUUUGGGCAACCUGGCUACGGCAAGCACCAACACAGCCAAGAAAAAGACUCCAGAGGCAGUAUACAGGGCGGGCACCAACGGUAUGGGAACCUACGCCCAGGCCAUGGAGGGUCUAUUCCUAGCCGAGUACGACAACAUCUGCAGCAUCUUCAUGAGGGAGGACUGGGGCCCUGUCUUUCAGGCAACAUGUCAACCAGCCCUGGUGGAGCUGGGCAGGACCCUUCGGGAACUGAACAGUCACAUCAAGUCGCAUAUCACCACAGACUGCUACCUCGCAUAUGAGAUCGUCGAGAUCAUUUCCAGUCUGUCCAGUAACCUUGAGAACCGAACGGGCGAGCUGAAGAGCUCUCUUGCUGCGGCCCUGAAGCCCAUCCGGGAAACGGCCAAAUCAUCGCUCGUCGACUUGCUCGAGGAGACCAAGCGCCAAGUCAACAGCCUGCAGACGCUGCCCGCGGAUGGCGCGCCCACCCCGCUCGCAACACAAACCAUGCAGCGGUUGCAGUCCAUGGUCAACUUCUUGCGGCCGAUAUCCAGCAUCAUGAUUUCCAUCGGCGAUGGCGGCUGGAAGUCGGCCGCUGCAUCCAAAGGAGGGGCUACCGACACCAUCCCCAGCCUCGUUUCGUUCGAUGUCGGUGCGGACGGGCAAGAGAUCUUUGCCCACUACUGUGCCGACACCAUCGAGACCCUCCUUUCUUCGCUGGAUGCCCGUGCUCGUGUCCUAUAUCAGCAGAAGAAGGCAGUCAUUGGUGUGUUCCUGGCUAACAAUGUCACCGUUAUUGAGCGUAUGAUCAACGAAUCUGGCCUGGUAACCCUUCUCCAGUCUCGCCUCCAAGUGCUCGACGUAUGGAGAAAAAAGGCCACUGCUCUCUACACCGAGACCUGCAAGGAAAUCAGUAUCCAUCUGUUUGAUACGGUCCAUACCAACCGCACCGCGCGCCCGGGUUCCGGUCAGGGCAUGGUAAGCUCGGCUUCGAUCAUGAAGGGCCUCAGCUCCAAGGAUAAGGAGAAAAUCAAGGGCAUGUUCACGGCCUUCAAUUCCGGCUUCGAAGACAUGGUUGCCCGUCACAAGCAGUUCACCAUGGAGAAAGAGGUGCGCCAGAUGCUUGCACAGGAUGUUCAGCACAUGCUCGAGCCGCUUUACAAUCGAUUCUGGGAUCGUUACCACGAGAUCGACAAGGGAAAGGGAAAAUACGUCAAGUACGACAAAGGGUCGAUCGCUGCUGUUUUCCGCAGUCUUUACUGA